GGCCCGGCCCAUGAGCGCGCCGCGCCCGGCCCGCCGGAAGCUGGUGCUGCACCUGGACCUGAACAACACGCUGGCGGCGCUGGACUCGGCCACGGGGCAGGGCCCGGGCGCGGCGCUGAACGGCUUCCUGUGCGGCGCGGCCUGGGGCGCGCCGGGUCCCGCAGGUGAGUGGCAGUGGCUGAGCGACUCCCCCUCUUUGCUGCCUCCAUGCCCUGGUGCUGUAAAUUUCUAUUCUCAGUAUGGCCGCGAUGCUACGUUCACGGACACAGAAGUGGGGCGGCCUUUCAGAAGUCUGCACACACACCACUUGCAGCUCCUGGAGUGGCAGGGCCGGCCGCACAAAGUGUUCUCUGUCCAAGGCGAGCAUGCCAAGCACUACCACUUGAUGCUGCCCUCCUUCUUCCACCUCCUGGAGACUCUGCACCGGGAGAGGAGGCACUUUGCUGUCGUCUUCAGGACCUUUGGCACAGACCUCCCCCGCAUUCUCCAUGCAGUGCACUGUGCCUUGGAGGGGCAGCACCCCCAGUUCCCUGCCCUGCGAGACCUCACGCUACCGGUGGAGCUGACUGCAGGCCGGAUACGCUGCAGUCGGCGCGAGGUGGUGCUGAACCGGGGGCCGGAGCACGUUUCCACCAGGGACGAUGGGAGGAAGCUGUACAGCUAUUUCAGCUCCUUUCAAGGCUUGGGCGGCUUCCAAGACCACUUUGAUUGGUGGGCCAGAAAUCAGUUCUCCUCCCAGGGUGGGAAGCCCCUUUGGAUUGACCCGCACGACUCUACUGUGCACCACAUCUUCAUCGAUGACAACAUUCGACUGAACGAUUCAGACACCAUCGUUUGUCCCCAGGUGUUUUCAGAGAGAGGAGGCAGUUGCGCCAGGCCAGCUCCCACCUCGGAGCUGUUCGAUGUCUGCCUGGUGCAGACCAAUCUCCUGGAGGCCAUUGCUGAUGAGAGCUAUUUCCUCCGCUGCGUGAGAAGGUGUGAGGAGAACUAUGAGCGCUACCUGGCCAGUGCUGAGAGCCAGCUGAGUGACACAGAGUAGAGUCACUCUGGACCCAGCAGCUGGAGGGGGACUGGGUUGCUCCCAGUGUGCAGCUGUCUGCAGUUUGAUUCCUAGGCUGGGCCCCGGGCCCUGUUGCACCCACAUUCCAGUGGAACCAAUGCACUUGCUUUUAGCUGUCCUCCCCUUCUUCCAGACAGGUGUGUGCUUCUGAGCUGGAGGCGGGACGCUCCAGACACCCUUCCGAAAUGCAAGUGUCUGCCUGCUGUCCUGCAGGAGGAAGCUGCUUUCAGCCACGCCCAGGCUCAGCAGCAUGUUCUCCACUCUGGAUGGGGUUUGGGGUUUUGGAUCUUGCCUCUCGAGAUGCCUGGCUGGGCAGUGCUCCUGUGGGUGAUCGGUGUCGUCUCCACCUUGGCUCAGAGACGGUCCCUUCCGCACAGUUAUGUUUGCGCUCUAGCUGUGCUGCAGUACAAAGAGUUGUCGUCAUCCUCUGCUGUGUUUUCCUUCCUGCACUAGGGCUCUUGCGUUGUACGGGCCUAUUUCCUUAGAAUAUCAGCGUGCGUGUAACAUCACCCCUGGGCAGCUGGGGUAAUUCCUCAGGGCUGUCUUCACUCAGACCUGGCUGUGUGGCAGUCCACAGCAUGUCUGCAAGUAACAGGGUAAUGCUCUGCGUCGCUUCUGAGGGGAGACUCCUGCCACUUGGCUCCCCCCCACCCCCCGUGCAGAUGGAGCAGCGCCCCUAGCGGGAAUGUUGCUAAUAGGACUUUGAUAAGGGGAUGAAGAUGGGGACGCAGUGACCUUCGUUCUAGUCCUGUCUCUGACCUGCUGCGUGAUCUUUGGCAAGUCACUUCCCUUUCUGCUCUUCCUGUGUCCGUAUGCUACCUAGCUACCUCUGUGCUCCAGCACUUGUGUGGGGCCUGCUCUCUAGUCUGCUUCGGCACAGACUGUGCCAUCUCCUCGGGCUGUUCUGGCAAAGACCUCUGAGGAGAUGCAGAGGCCAGAGUAAAAACCCAGUGAGUGUGGUGUCCUGCUUGGAGCUACAGCAACUCCUGGGGCUGAAAGGGGCUGGGGCGAGAGAUUCGCUGUCAGAAGUGCUAGCCAAGCUAGCUCACGCUUGUGAAGUGCCCUUUAGAGUCCUGGGGAAAGUGACGCUGAAUCUGAGUCCAGCUGGGUGUCCAUUAGAGGGGGUUGCUGAAGGACUGAGGUCAGGAUGCCUUCGGCGUGUUCACGCCUCUGGGCUGAUGAGCUGCAGUGGCCUUGCACUCCAGGAUCCAGCUGUUGUGCUGGAUGGAGCACUGUUCUGUGGAGCACUCUGCUUCAGCACGCUGGGGUGGGGCCUCAGCUCGGGCAGAGUCAGACUCUGGAGAAGGUGGAACUCAGGGUCAGCGUCCCAGGCCCCCAUCUCCAUUGGAGGGGGCACAGGAGCACCCCGAGGGGCAUGCUCUGCCUUGCUUUGCAGUAAACCAGAAUGUCUCAGGUGUUGGAAGCAGAGCAUAUGUGCCCAGCCCCAUGGAGGCUUCAGCUCUAACCUGACGAAAGGGGAUGCCAGGUUACGCUGGUAAGCAGUGUCUCUGACAGGAGAGCAUUGCUGUUGUGGAGUGUUGUAUCAGAGAUCCAGGCACCCCCACCUGUAUGCAGAGAUGAGUGAAUCGAAGCUGCACCUUCCUGAGGGCCCGUGUAGCUGUGCACCGGAUGCCCUGGUGCCUGGGGAAAAUCCCUAGUACAGCCGGGUAAUUGGUGAGUGUAGGUUCUGUUGGCAGAGACCCCUCCCCAGACUAACCUGAGGGGUAGCUAGGCUUGGCAGGACCAGAUUGUGUUAGUAAAUGGCCAUAAACCGAUUCUCAUACACACACACUGUUGUGAAAAUCCAGCCAUCCAUUGAUGAUAAUCAGGAAAAGCCAGAAAACUGCUGCAUGAGAACUUUGUUUAACCUAAAGCUGGUUACUUUGUAUUUUGAUGGGCUGACAACACUGUGGUGUUAUGGGUCUAAAGCUUUAACUGAA